GCGGCGCCACGGGUCGUGCCCAUCACCUGGAAGCGGCGGCCGGGGCAGAUGGCGCCGCCGGCCGGAGGGGCUGCAGGGGCCGGGGCGGCCGCAGGGUCCAGCUCGGCCGCCGUGCUGCUGGCCGUGCAUGCCGCCGUGCUGCCGCUCGACGCCGGCGCCGGGGCCGAGGCGCAGCUGCGGCGGCUGCAGCUGAGCGCCGACCCGGAGCGGCCCGGGCGCCUGCGGCUGGAGGUGCUGGGCGCGGGGCCGGGCGCGGUCGGCUGGCAGUGGCCCUUGGAGUCCGUGUCCUACGCCGUGCGGGGCCCCAGCCAGCACGAGCUGCAGCCUCCCCCGGGCGGCCCCGGCGCGCUCCGGCUGCAGUUCCUGAGCUCACAGGAGGCGCAGCGCUGGGCGGCCCUGGUCCAGGGGGCCUCGCUGGACGGACAGGACGGCAGUGGCAGCCCACCCCCAGCCCCACCCAGUCCCCCUGGUGCCUCCACACCCAGAGCCCCCCAGCACGAGGUGGAUCUGCCCUGGAGCCCCGGCGGCCAGGUGGAGAAUGAGGAGCUGGUGGGACGCCUGGCCCGGGCCAUCGAAGCUGGGGACGAGGAGGGGGCGGCCCAGGCAGCAGCCACGCUAGCUCGGCAUCACGCAGCCCUCAGCGUGCAGCUGCAGGCAGCCUGCUUUCCCCCAGGGUCCCUCAGGCUGCAGGUCACGGUCGAGGAUGCUGCGUCCGCCGCAUCCGUGGCGUCGUCGGCCCACAUCUCACUGCAGGUCCACCCGCGCAGCACCAUCGCCGCCCUGCGGGAGCAAGUGUUCUCCGAGUUUGGCUUCCCGCCUGCCGUACAGCGCUGGGUCAUCGGGCGGUGCCUAUGUGUCCCUGAACGCAGCCUGGCCUCCUACGGGAUCCGGCACGACGGAGACCCUGCCUUCCUCUACCUGCUCUCAGCCCCCGGAGAGGCGCCAGGGUUCAGCCCUCAGUGUCCCCUGAAGACAGAGGGGGAGCUGGGGCACCUGUGUGCCCAGCCUCCGGGGCUGCUGGGGGCUCAGCCGGCCAGCUCCAGCCUCCCCAGCCCCUUGCAGCCCGGCUGGCCCUGUCCUUCCUGCACCUUCAUCAACGCCCUGAGCCGCCCAGGCUGUGAGAUGUGCAGCGCCCAGAGACCCUGUGCAUGGGACCCCCUGCUCCCAGCUUCCGCCUAGCACCCCAAGGUGGUGGAGGACAUGGCCAGAGGCCCUCGGUCCUGGAUCACUUCGUGACCAUCUCGGGGCAGCUUUGCUCAAAGGGACAUUAAAGAUGCUCAAGAACU